AUGGUUCCUAAAUGUCACAGACAGCAAGCUACAGAACAAGCCGAGGUUGAUGUUGUUCUUCUCUCUAAUGGACCAGGGGAGGUGGCAGCAUGGGUGAAGCCGGUUGUGGCUUCUCUUCGUACUAAAUUCGGUGGCAGAAAACCAUCAUUUCGAAUAUCUGUUAUACUGACACCAUGCCCACAUGCAUCCGGAAGAGAACUGGAGCUGAUUAGGUCCUACAGUGACGUUGACAGAUGUCAGGGACCAGAGUCGUUCUGGAAUUUACUAUUGUUUGGCUCUACCGAAGAUGGUUGGACCUGGCAUAGAAAAGGAGUCGUUGUCUUUCUUGGUGGAGAUCAACUUUAUACGGUCAUAUUGAGUCGGCGAUUGGGAUACAAAAGCAUCGUGUAUUCUGAAGAAUCCGUUCUCUGGCCAGGAUUAGUGGACAGAUAUAUGCUACGUUCAGCACAUGUGCUGAGCAGAGUUCCGCUUUGGGCCCAAUCCAGAUGCAAAGUGGUGGGGGACCUAUUUUCGGACUCUGUUGUAUGGAGGCCUAUAAGGUUGUCAUCUUCAUGGCAAUUGGGCCGCGUAUAUAUGAAUCUGAGUUCUGUGUACGCAAAUGUUUAUAUGUGUAUUCAGAUCAUUAACUUGAGUGUUUUUCCUCUCCUACAGGCUUCAAAGCUUGCUCUGGGUGUGCCUUACUUCAUGGCAGUCGCAAACCACCUACACCAUCUAAUGAUGGGUCGCGUGCGGUUUGUGUUACCAUUGGCACCGACUGUAACUUUGAGCAUGCUUGCAAAACAAGCUGAUCCACUCAGCAACCCAAAUAUAUCACAGUUCCAUUGGUCGUCAGCAAAAGUUUCUCCUAACGUAGAUAAACAAUUGCACUUGGAGCAUCAGGACGAGAGUUCCUCAGGCGGAACAUAUUCUCAAUUUGAAGCCGUCGGUCAUUUGAUGACCGAUGAGGGUGUACACAUUGAUAUUUUGCAGCAGUUUCCAGCCCACGAUGUUUUUAAACGGUGCAGUCUUUGUGUCACGACGAUUGGCACGAACACCGCGGAACUUGGCUACUUGGGAAUUCCAAUGUUGGUGGUGCUUCCCACUCAUGCACUUGAGGUUUUUAGAGGCGGAACAGGAGGAGCACUGGGUUUGCUGGCAAACAUGCCUGGCGAACUUGGAAAAUAUGUAGCUCAAGAAGUCAAUUCAGCUCUACUCAAAUCAUCAGGCUAUAUAGCGUGGCCAAACAGGUGGGUCGAUAAAGAAGUUGUUCCGGAGCUUGUCGGGCGAAUAGAACCUGUUGAGAUUGCGAAUGUCGCUGCCCAUUACUUGUUCUCUCAGAGUAAAUUGGAAGCAAUGAAACGUCAGCUUCUAAAGAUUCAUUCGAGGCCUGAUGAGAACUGUAACCUCGAAUCUAGGGUUGGGGCAUCAGAAGCAAUUGCUACUGAAGUCCUCAGAUUGAUGUCUUUGACAAGUUCGGCAUGA